AUGUCAGAUUUGUUAUCGAAGCUAACUUUGCCUGCCCCAACCGAGGUUCCCGAUAUAUUUAAGUUAUUCCCAAAAAUUCGGAAGUGGACCUUUCCAAAAAUGACACUCUCGACACCCCCUCAAAAACUUCCAGAGUUAACAUUGAUAGGAACGUCCAGAGCAGCAGAUUCCACUUCAUUUUAUAUUCCCGAAUUAAAUUGGCUCUUUGACGGGGGAACAAAAGUGACGAAUUAUUUUCCCUCUCAUAUAUUCAUCACACAUACGCAUACAGAUCAUUGUUUAGCGUUGUGUAGGUAUAAUUCACGUAGAAAACCUCCUACCAUUUACGCACCAAUGGAAUCUGUUCAAUUGGUUGAGAAUUUUAUGAGAUCCGCUCAAGCAAUUACUGACAAUUAUGCCUUGAGAAGGGGUGAUUCAUUUUCUUGUUUGGGCGUUAAGCAAGGUGAUAAGAUUACACUGUUUUUAACUUCUUCAAAAAGUUACAUAGUUUAUUCAAAACGAAAACGACUCUCAUCUGCUUACAAGCAUAUGACAACUAAAGAAAUCGCCAAAUUCCGCCAAGAAAAUCCUUCGACAGAGAUAAUGGAACCUUACCUGGCUCCAUUAUUUGCGUUUAACGGUGACACCACGAUUAAUGCGUUUUUUCCUAACCGGACCAAUGAUAAGGGGGCAUUUAAAGAAGUUCCCGUAAUAAUAACCGAAUGCAGCUUUUUGUUAGACGAACAUUUAGAUCAAGCCAAAAAAACCAAGCACACCCAUUGGAAAGAUUUGAAAAAGAUUGUCAAGGAAAAUAGAACUCAAAUUUUCAUUUUAAUUCAUUUUAGUUGUAGGUAUAGCGAGGAUAGCAUUAGAAAUUUUUUUGAAGAGGAAAGAAAGAAAAUAAGGGAGGAAACCUAUGAUAAUUAUGCAUUGGAAAAUGUUGUCAUUUGGGUUUAA